AUGCAAUUGUUACCAGGUGGUGUUAUUUUAGUUUUCGUUUUAGUCGGGUUGGCUGGUAUUACCAUCGUUUUGACCAUUGCUUACAACAAAUAUAAGGCUAGAAAAGCUGCUUUAGACAGAUUUUAA